AUGUACAUAUUUAUUGAUAUGAUAUUUUGGGGGGCAAACUUCUUUUUCUGGCAUCUUUCUUUCCCUUCCUCCCCUUCACCCGAUUCUUACUGCUGCUUCUUCCUCUCUAAGAACCCCAUCCCCACCCCCACCGCGCCUUCUCUCGACUGCCUGACUGACAAGAUUCAGCUUGGCCAUUCAUUCAUUCAUUUUUCUCCUUACGCUGUGACGACACACCCUAGAUCAUAUUUUUGCCUUCUCCCUAAAAACCUCCCGACGCUUCUUGCAAACGUUUCGCUCUCUCUCUCUCUCUCUCCUUUAGUCCUCCUUCUUCCCUCUACUCCUCCUUCCUUCCCUCUACGUCUUAGUCUUCCUUCCUUCCCACUCCCGCUUAGUCCUCUCCGGUCUUUCUUACUCCCUCUUCCACCUCCCCCUAGUUCUUCCUCCCUUCUCCUUCCCUUACCUUUCUUCUUUCCUUCCCUCUCUCUCCUUCCAUUUCAUCCCCCUUCCCCAACGUCUUCCAUCCCCCUCUUCCCCCAUCUUCCUCUCACCCCCUCUAUAUCUCCCACUCUCUCUAACUCACACACUAAAAUGAUGGUGGGAGUGAAUUUAACAGUUAGAGAAAAUGUUUGUUUCUUUAUUACUUAA